GAGAUCAUCACAUACAAUUAUUUGUACGGCCUCCCAUUGUAUAUAUAAAAAAAACCAUUAAAUGCCUUUGGAUGAAGAAGUGAAAGAAAACAAAGGGAUUCAAGAAAGAAAGAAAGAAAGAAAGAAAGAAAGAAAGAAAGAAAGAGAAGCAUAUAUGUCUUCAAGGGGGAGAAAAAAAGCAGCUAUGCAACGCAUGUUGCAACAGCUUCGAACCGCCACAAAUUCCAGUGCUAUGAACAAAGCCUCUAUUAUUGUUGAUGCCACCAAAUACAUAGAAGAGUUGAAGCAAAAAGUGGAGGGAAUUAACUCAGAGCUAGGAACCGUUGGAUCUUCAUCAUCAACCUCCCAAGAUGAAUUACCAAUGGUGACGGUAGAAACCCUAGAAAGGGGUUUUCUUAUUAAUGUGUUUUCAGAAAGGAAUUGCCCCGGUAUGCUUGUGGCAAUACUUGAGGCCUUUGAAGAACUGGGUCUUGAUGUUCUUGACGCUAGGGUUUCUUGUGAAGACAAUUUCCAGCUUGAAGCUGUGGGAGGAGAAGGUCAAGAUCAGGAGAGCAUCGAUGCGCAAGUGGUAAAACAAGCAGUGUUGCAAGCAAUCAAUAACAUGAAUUAAAGAUCAACACAAAAAUGCGGAAAGAAAAAAAAUAAUGUAGCCCUUUUGUUUUGUCCCACUCCUUUUCUAUAAUCUCGUUUUAAAUGUAAAACUUACGUAUCCAAGUGAAAGAAUCUAAUAAGUGAUAGUAAUAUUAUAUGUUUUAUUAAAAAAGAAAUGAGGAAGUAUAUGGAGUCAAUAUAUGUGCCGCAUAAUGCAUACAAUAGGGUUAAUUUCAAAUUAAAAUUAAAUUAAUAUCAGAUGUUUAUUAUUCUUGAUA